AAUAGGCUUGUGCUGAUCAUUAAAGGGACAGUAUCCCCCUUGUACAACAUGAGUGCAAUGAAUAGGCUUGUGUUUGUACAUGGGCAGUUGGUUGGGCACAGGGUACAGGUGCAGGACAUUAUGGGAGUUGUAUUUGGUGCCAAAGGUCAAGUAGUACAUGUUUCCUAAAGGCAUGGCACUGUUAUUAAUUGUUACUUGGAUUUGGGCAAUACAAUGGCAAUAAACCAGAAUAAACAUAUUUCCCCAGUCAAGUCUCUCUUCUGUGUACUCCUAGUUCCAGCCCUGAUGAUUUUGGCCCCAGAGAGCCCAAAUUAGCAGGGAUAGAAUUCACAGGCUCUCUCAGUAGAGCAAAUAAAGAAGGAGAAGCAUGUGAUGUUGCCCUGCAGCAGCCAAUAAACAUUUACAUUCAAUUUACAUUCACACGAGAUGAGUCAAUAAGAAGCAGAGACCUGAGCCGAGAACAUGGAAAAUUGUGUCACUGGGAAAGUGCUGGAAUUUCUCUUCUUCUUUCUGCUCCUCCUGCUGCAGCAGCAAUGUUCCUCCUUGCAGGUAACACUUCCCCCCUUUCAGUCCUCCCUGAUUGGAAGAGAUGUCCUACUUCCCUGCACAUUCAGAGUGGAUAAUCCUCCAGUGAAUCCCAAGUUCCUCGCUCUCUUGUGGCAUUUUGGAGACAAGGAGGUUCUGAGAUAUGACAACAAAGGGAAGGUUUCCAGCCCCCGGUUAUUCAUAGAUGAGAAACUUAUACUGGAAGGCAAUGUCUCAUUGUCUCUCUCCAACGUGACCAUCUCUGAUAGAGGAACCUACAGGUGCUCAGUCAUUUACAGCCCAAACACCCAACAGAAGGAGAUCAGGCUGCACAUUCAUGCGGUGCCAGAGGUGGGGCUUGCAAAGAGGUCAGUAAGUAAGAACCAGAGAGCUUUCCUUCAGUGCUCAAUUACUGGUUUCUACCCAGAACCCAUCAAUGUGACUUGGCUCAGGAACGGGAAGCUUUUACCCAACUCAGUCCUGGGCCCCCUUCAACAGAAUGAAGAUGGAAUGUUCCAACAGGACAGCACCCUGACUCUCACCCCCUCUUUCACCCGGGGUAACCCAAUAUAUGCUUGUCAGGUGCAACAUGAAUCCCUCCCAACCCCAAGGCAAGAUAGUUACAAGGUGCAGUAUGGAGCGGUGCCAGAUGUUGUGGUUGCUAAGAGAUCUCUCCUUAAGAACCAGGGAACUUUCCUUCAGUGCUCAAUGACUGAUUUCUACCCACAAUCCAUCACUGUGACUUGGCUCAGGAACGGGAAGCUUUUACCCAACUCAGUCAUGGGCCCCCUUCAACAGAAUGAAGAUGGAACAUUCCGACUCAACAGCACCCUGACUCUCACCACUUCUGACACCUUUGAUAAAGAAGAGAUUGUUUGUCAGGUUCAAUAUAAAUCCCACCCCCAGGCAAGAUAGUUCUAAGGUGCAGUUUAGAGUGCAGCCUGGUCUCACACAAGAGAUUCAUGAGGAUCUUCAACUCCAGGAUUGUGGGGAAUAUUGGCAGACGGAGGGAUAACCAACCACAGAGAAGAGUGUGUGAGAGGCUCAUCAAUGCUUAUCUAUAUCUUCAUCCAUAUUAACUCAAUAAUGACUGAAAUGCACUAAUACCUACGUCUGUUGUUUGGCCUUAAUAUGUUGGUCUUGUCAUAGGGCUUAUAUGUCAGUUCAUGAGGCUUUUGGUCCUAUUUAACCCCUUCUUCUGUUGUCCAACUUGGAACUGAAGUGUUAACUCUGCAAAAAAGGGGGUUAGGUAAAUACCCUGAAAAAUGAUGUACCUGCUCUGUGUUUUUCAAAUGACAUUAUCCGUGUGUAUUGCAGUUUUGCAAAAGUGAAAAAAGAAACAGCCACCGUUUUUGGUUUUAUGGGUUUAUUGACAUAAUCUUGUUCAAAAUCUCUAACAUUUUUAUAAGAAUAA